UGGCGUGAUGUCAUUUCCCGUGAUUAUACCUUAGGGAGAGCACUACACGCGCAGAACAUUCACAGCUGACUGCAUGACGUGAGGGAAAAGGAUGGACAACGAACGGAGGCAGAAAAGUCAGGAGAGGAGGACAGUAGCAGGAAACAUCGCUGCCUCUCCUGCAACCACCGCAAGCUUUGAUUUAGCAAAAGCGUCCAAACCAAUUCUUGCAGGUGGUAUUACAGGCGGAUUAGAAAUAUGUAUAACAUUUCCUACAGAAUAUGUGAAAACACAACUACAGUUAGACGAACGGUCAGGAGUACAAAAACGAUAUACUGGCCCCAUGAAUUGUGUGUCAGUGACUGUCAGAGACUAUGGAGUUAGAGGCCUUUAUAGGGGACUUAGUGUGCUGUUGUAUGGGUCUAUCCCAAAAUCUGCUGUUAGGUUUGGAGCUUUUGAAGAAUUAAAAAGAUUUAAUGUAGAUGAAAAUGGUAAUUUAAGUCCAACCAAACGAAUGCUGUGUGGAUUAGGUGCUGGGGUAUCGGAGGCAAUAUUAGCUGUGACACCUAUGGAAACAUUAAAAGUCAAAUUCAUCAAUGAUCAGACAUCAGCAAAACCACAUUAUAGGGGAUUCUUCCAUGGAGUAAGCCAGAUUAUAAAAGAACAAGGUAUAAGAGGGGUAUAUCAAGGUGUAGUGCCCACUAUCUUAAAACAAGGAUCUAAUCAGGCUAUAAGAUUUUUUGUAAUGGAAACCUUAAAGAAUUGGUAUAGAGAGGGAGACCCCAAGAAACCAGUUCCUUUGUAUGUAGUGGGGGCAUUUGGGGCUUUUGCAGGAGCAUGCUCCGUGUUCGGUAACACACCAAUAGAUGUCAUCAAAACCAGGUUACAGGGUCUUGAAGCACACAAGUACAAGGGAACAAUUGAUUGUGCAGUACAAAUAUUUAAACAUGAAGGACCAAGAGCGUUCUACAAAGGUACGGUACCCAGACUGAGCCGUGUGUGUUUAGAUGUGGCAAUCACCUUCAUGAUUUACGAUUCUGUCAUGGAUGUCUUCAAUCGAGUCUGGAAAUUAUGAUUUAAUUAUCACCUUACCAGAUUGUUUAUCAGGAAUAUCCACUUGGGCAUAGACAGGGACAGGCAUUAUAUACCUUCAUGUAACCUGGAGGUCCUCUUGCCAGAUUAAUAAACAUGGGUAGGAAAAUCUUGUGAAAGUUAGAUCCCUUAUAUCUUUUAGGUGUACACCACAUGCUUUUCCAAACCUUUAAUGAUUAGUGUAGACUUCACAUUGAAUUCCAUUGAAUUUUCGCAGCAAGAACAUUGUGGGAUUUACUUUCAUGAAAUGUUCUGUGCAAUAUGCUUCCAGUUUACUCUACAUGUGUACCUAUGUUAUAGUACAUGUUGCAAUGAAUGUGUAUUAUGUGAGAGGGAGUGAUUAUGUUUUGAUUAUUUUAUAUGUAGAGGAAAUGUAUUACGCCAUUUUUAUUUGGUCGUAAUAGUUUUCAGUCCUAAAAGGUCAUUUUAUAGUGCUUCUUUGUAAUAGUGCCAGAAUAUCAUGUGAUCAUCCCACAGUAUAUUUUUUUUAAUUUAUUGUUAUGAUAAUCAUUGUGUUAUUCAUUUAGCUUAUUUAAAUAUACUUUAUUUUACAUGGGCUGCAUUGUCACACUUUGAGGGUUUAUUUGAGAUAUAAUCCUCAGUGUUUAAAAUCUGAAACAUUAUUGUGGAUGUACAUGUUUUAGCAUUCCAUUUAAUUGCUUCAAUAAUAUUUAUUAUGUCAUUUGAUGACAUUAGUGGUUCAAGCUGGACUUGGGGGGGGGGCUACCAUAUUUAUUACUUGUUGUGCAAACCAGAAUCCUGCAAAUUUUUUUCCUGCAAUGUAUACAAUAUUGUGUUUUAUUAUAAAUAUUCAUGCUUUUUUUCUACAAGUGAGAACACAUUUGACAGUGAGUUACUGUAUUCAUGUUAUCAAGAGUGAGAUGGUGAUUAUUCAAUGCUGUAAGAAUUUAAGUGCAAUGUAUUCAUUUGAUCAUUAGAGAAAACGAGGCAAUUUAUUGAAAUGUACAGACCUGUGAUGAAUGCCACUUGUUUGUACAUAAAUAUGAUGGAGGCUAUAUAACAUAUUAUAAUCCAAUAUUUCUGUCUCAGUACAUUUCUAAAUGAUCACCUAUCUUUAUUUCCACUUUGUUUAUUGAAUAGCUUUAAAUAUUCAUCUUGUGUUUUCAGCAGUAAAUUUUUCAAGUCUAGCAUGAUUUGGCUCAGGAACCUGUUUGUAAGGGUUACUCAUGGAACUUUUUUUUUUUUUUUUUAAUACCUAUUUACAGUUUGUUAUGUCUUUAAAAAUGUUUACAAAAAUUCAGAAACCGAUGAAUUUCUUUUAUAAAAGGCUUUAUAGAAUACUAGUAUUGAUUUUCAUGAAUUGUUGCAAAAUUCGUAUGAUAUUCCUAAAUAAAUGCUUUAUAGCGUCAUACUGCUUCAGUGAGAUGUGAUUUUGAAUGCUGGUGAAGGCAUAUAUCUUGAUAUUACAUGUAAGAGUUUGCAAUUUGAGAAGAUAUAUUAGUGCAAUGUUUAUUUGGUGCACCCACACAAUGUUUUUCUCUUCAUUUCAUUGUUCAUGACUAAUUUCUACAGUAUUUUAAGACAGACAUAUACCAAGAGUCGAUCUUAAUCGUAUUCUACUCAGCAUAAUGUCAAAAUUUCACCAUCUGACCAGUAUUAAAUGUCUUAGACUGAAAUUUUGUACAUCUUUUUAUUUAUGAGGGAUACAGAUUUUGUGUUUUAAGUAUUAGUAAUUAUGCAAAUGAAGACAUUGUUAUUUACCUAUUUAUAGGAAACUAUUAAAGUACAGAGAUUGACACCAACUUAAUAUAUGUUGUAGUGCAGUACUUACGAUGCCCAUAUUUAUGAUAUAGAGAUGUUCAAAUUAAAUGAUUGUGAUAUGAUUAUAUGAAAUUUUAUUAAGAAAUAUAUAUUAUUUAAUUUAAA